CAUAUAUAUCUAUAGUACUACGUACGUAAUUAUUUCACAAUUCAUAACUAACGGUAUGAUGGCCGUUUAUUUAAAAGGAAAAGGGUUUACACAUGUAUAGGGCUAAUUUAAUUCAUAAUGUGCAACAUAAUGUCAUCUUUGAAUCAACGACUGUUGCUACUAAAAAAGUUCUAUAUCAACCAUGUGAGCACCUAAUGAUUGGAAAUGUUAAAUUCAGAAACUCUUAUCAUAUAGAUAGCAGUAUAGCACAUGUACUUAAUUGUACCAUAGACUCCGAUAACGAACCAAUCAUGCCCUCUCUAUAUAUAUGCCAAUGGUUUGAUGCAUCUAAAUCAAUUCAAACAUAAACUCAACGUCACAUAGAAAAAAAAAUGACAAAACCAGCUAUAACAUUUCCACUACUCUUCACACUUGUGAUCACCUUCAUCAAUAUAUCGAGAAGCGCCUCCAACGUUUUCAACGUAGUUAGUUUCGGAGCCAAACCGGAGGGAGUCACCGAUUCCACUGCAGCAUUCCUCAAAGCAUGGCAAGGGGCUUGUGGCUCGGCAGCUUCAGCCACAGUGGUGGUCCCGAAGGGGACAUUUCUGUUGAAGGCAAUAACGUUUGGAGGGCCAUGCAAGAGUAAAAUCACAUUUCAAGUGUCGGGAACCGUCGUUGCUCCGGCAGAUUACAGGGCCUUUGGCAACUCCGGUUACUGGAUUCUCUUCAACAAGGUCAGUAAAAUGUCACUUGUCGGCGGGACUUUCGACGCUCGAGCUAAUGGGUUCUGGUCUUGUCGGAAAUCUGGUCAGAAUUGUCCUCCCGGUGUUAGGUCAAUAUCUUUCAACUCGGCAAAAGACGUGAUCAUAAGUGGAGUGAAAUCCAUGAACAGCCAGGUCACCCAUAUGACCCUCAAUGGUUGCAACAAUGUGGUCGUCCGUAACGUCAGACUAGUGGCUCCAGGAAACAGCCCAAACACAGACGGUUUCCACGUUCAAUUCUCCACCGGAGUCACAUUCACCGGAAGCACCGUUCAGACCGGAGACGAUUGUGUUGCUAUCGGCCCUGGUACCCGCAACUUCCUCAUCACCAAACUUGCUUGUGGCCCAGGUCACGGGGUUAGUAUCGGGAGCUUGGCGAAGGAUUUGAAAGAAGACGGAGUAGAAAACGUGACAGUAUCGAGUUCCGUAUUUACGGGAACACAAAACGGCGUGAGGAUAAAGUCGUGGGCGAGGCCUAGCACUGGAUUCGUUAGAAACGUCUUCUUCCAAAACCUAAUAAUGAAGAACGUUCAAAACCCUAUCAUAAUAGACCAAAACUAUUGUCCUUCUCACCAAGGUUGCCCUACUGAGCGUUCGGGGGUGAAGAUAAGUGGAGUGACGUAUAAAAACAUACAAGGAACGUCGGCGACACAGCAAGCAAUGAAGCUAGUGUGUAGCAAGAGCAAUCCAUGCACAGGAAUCAUAUUACAAGACAUUAAGCUUACUUACAAUAAAGGAGCUCCUGCUACUUCCUACUGUUUCAAUGCUGCUGGGAAAAGUCUCGGUGUUAUCCAACCUACUAGUUGUCUAAACCGAUAAUAUCAAAUAUCUUAGUGUAUAUUUAUUUGGUGAAAGAUGAAUUGGUAAAAUGUUAUUAGGGGAUUUUAGCAUUCAUCUUUUAACCGUUGUUUUUGUUACGAUUAUAAGAUUAAUUUGAACGAUGGU